GCCGCGCCGCACCGCCACGGGGGCCAGGCCGGCGCCGCGCCACGGCCCCGCGGGGGAGCACGGCCCCGCGGGCAGGCCCGAUUACAGAAAGUUGUGGUACUGGUACAGUCUUUUUGGUGGAAGAAUCUAAAUAAGUACCUUUUGAAAAUUUGGACAGACAUUCAAAGGCAAAAAUGCGACCAAUGCGUAUUUUUGUGAAUGAUGACCGCCACGUGAUGGCAAAACAUUCAGCCGUUUACCCAACUCAAGAAGAACUGGAGGCAGUUCAGAAUAUGGUAUCCCACACAGAACGGGCUCUCAAAGCCGUUUCUGACUGGAUUGAUGAACAGGAAAAAGUCAGUGGGGAGCAGCCAGAACAAGAGACCAUGGAGACAGCAGCUGAGGAGGAGAACAAAGAAGGAGGGGAUCAGAAGGCUACAGAACAGUUGACUAGGACCCUUCGUGGAGUGAUGCGUGUAGGGCUUGUAGCAAAAGGCCUGUUACUGAAGGGGGACUUGGAUCUUGAACUAGUUCUUUUGUGCAAAGAUAAGCCCACAACAGAUCUCCUGGAGAAAGUAGCUGACAAUCUUGGAGUACAGCUUGCUGCUAUUACUGAAGACAAAUAUGAAAUAAUCCAGUCAGUUGGUGAUGCUGCAAUUGUAAUUAAGAAUACAAAAGAGCCUUCAUUGACACUGACCAUCCAUUUGACGUCACCUGUUGUCAGAGAAGAAAUGGAGAAACAGUUAGCUGGAGAAACGCUAUCAGUCAACGACUCCCCGGACGUUCUGGACAGGCAGAAAUGCCUUGCUGCCUUGGCGUCACUCCGACACGCCAAGUGGUUCCAGGCCAGGGCUAAUGGUCUGAAGUCGUGCGUCAUAGUCAUCCGGGUUUUGAGAGAUCUGUGUACUCGGGUUCCUACUUGGGCACCACUGAGAGGAUGGCCUCUAGAGCUACUGUGUGAAAAAUCUAUUGGAACUGCUAAUAGACCAAUGGGAGCUGGUGAGGCUCUGAGGAGAGUUCUCGAAUGCCUUGCGUCAGGAAUCGUUAUGCCAGAUGGUUCUGGUAUUUAUGAUCCUUGUGAAAAAGAAGCCACUGAUGCUAUUGGGCAUCUAGACAGACAACAAAGGGAAGAUAUCACACAGAGUGCUCAGCAUGCUCUGAGACUUGCUGCUUUUGGCCAGCUUCACAAGGUGUUGGGGAUGGAUCCCCUACCUUCCAAAAUGCCCAAGAAACCAAAGAAUGAAAACCCUGUUGACUACACUGUCCAGAUUCCUCCCAGUACAACAUAUGCUGUUACCCCAAUGAAGCGUCCUAUGGAGGAGGAUGGAGAGGAGAAGUCUCCCAGCAAAAAGAAAAAGAAGAUUCAGAAAAAAGAGGAAAAACUCGAACCUCCCCAGGCCAUGAAUGCACUGAUGAAACUAAACCAGCUAAAACCUGGGCUCCAGUACAAACUUGUGUCUCAGACUGGUCCUGUUCAUGCUCCUAUUUUUACAAUGUCUGUGGAAAUUGAUGGCAGCACAUUUGAGGCAUCAGGACCUUCCAAAAAGACAGCCAAAUUGCAUGUGGCAGUGAAGGUGUUGCAAGAUAUGGGUUUACCCACAGGAGUGGAAGGCAAAGAGUCUGGGAAGGGAGAUGAAUCAGCAGAGGAAACGGAACAGAAACCAGUUGUUGUUGCUCCUCCUCCUGUAGUGGAAACGGUUUCUACACCCAGUGCUGCUUCUCCUCCUUCCGAUCAAACCUCAGAGAAUGUAAAACAACAGGGACCAAUUCUUACAAAGCAUGGGAAGAAUCCUGUGAUGGAACUGAACGAGAAAAGGCGUGGGCUGAAAUAUGAACUGAUUUCAGAAACAGGUGGCAGUCAUGACAAGCGCUUUGUCAUGGAGGUGGAGGUUGAUGGACAGAAAUUUCAAGGAGCUGGUUCAAAUAAAAAGGUGGCAAAAGCCUAUGCUGCUCUGGCUGCAUUAGAGAAGUUGUUUCCAGAUGCCCCCGUUGCCAUUGAGCAAAACAAGAAGAAAAGAGUCCCUGUGCCUGCCAGGGGAGGACCCAAGUUUGCAGUAAAACAGCAUAAUCCCGGUUUCGGAAUGGGAGGCCCCAUGCACAACGAAGUACCCCCUCCGCCCAAUAUGCGUGGUCGUGGAAGAGGCGGCAAUAUCCGAGGCCGGGGGAGAGGCCGGGGUGGAUUCGGUGGCAAUCACGGUGGCUACAUGAAUGCAGGUGCUGGAUAUGGAAGCUAUGGUUAUGGAGGAAAUUCCGCAACAGCAGGCUAUAGUGACUUUUUCACAGACUGCUACGGCUAUCAUGAUUUUGGGUCUUCCUAGAUCAUCUAAAAGUAUUGCACAAAAAACAGCUUUUUACUCCAAUUUUCUCGAACUCCAAAACCCAAAGUGUUCGUGCUGUGUCCCUGUGCUUCACUGGGUUUCUCAACAGUGGCUUUUCACCGCAGCUUGUCUGAAACUCUUACUAGCCUGCAGAACUUAAGACAGUGGCAGUUUUUAUUGUGAUUUGCCUUUGAACUUGGUUGUAUCAAUGUACACAACAGGGGGAAACUAAUGAUCAAAGAAUGUUUUUGUGCAGUUUGCACAAAUUUCAAAGCCAGCUCUGUUCAGCAUAAAGGCAAAAAGCCCAUCUUUGCUUUUUAUGGAAAGCAUUACUUUAUUUUUAAGAAACAGAUACUGAAGUGUUUUAACCUACCUUUGUCUUAAUUUACGGCAGGUUUUGUACAAAAUUUGAGCCUUUUAAUAAAUCCCAGAAAUUGGGUAAAUGCCUCUGAUAUUGGGAAGACUUUUCAACAUCUCUGAAUAUAGUACAGCCCAGCUUUUUAAGCAUGCAAAAUGUUGACUUGUAUGUGGAAUCGUAUGUGCUAAAAUUAAUCCUACAUCCUUUGUAACAUGCUGGUGGAUUAACGCUGAGGGAUGUGACUUAUUGUGGCUGGUAGCUAGUGUACUUUCAAAGGUAUUGUAAUUGUGCUUCCGAUACUGAUACAAUAAAUACCCAGGCAUUAGGAGUUGAUGUAAAAAUGUUAGUCUUGAUAACUUCUGAAAAUGCAUGGAUUCAUUCGUUACAUGGAAAUGGGCUUUCUUGAGCCAAGCAUAAAGGGCCUAAAGCACUUCAGCAAACGUGCAGUGGCAGCGGACUCGGCAGCCUCGCUGCUGAGGCUAUCCAGUGCGUGCCUGUUGCAAAACACGCAUCACCCUAAAAGUGUUUUAUAACCUGGAGAAAUAAUUUCAAUGGAAUUUGAAAUUGCAGGGAACUUGAAAUUGGCCAUUUAAGACACUAGUCUUCGAUUAAAUUUAAAGUGUUCGGUCCUUUAUUCUUGCUAUAGUACUUGUUUUAAGACUGUAUUUUGUUUGUCACUGUUUUUAGCUGCAAAGCCUGCACCAUUGCAUUAAUUUAACUUGUGAAGCUCAAGAACAUCUGAGUUAACUCAGUAACUAAACUAGUUAAAAAGAAAAAAAAAAAGGCAAAACAAAUCCUUAACCUAUGAAGCAUCAGGUUAAAAAAAAAGUCCAAGGUACCUAGUGAAUACUUAAAAAAAAAAAAAAAAAAAAAGCAUGCCCUCAUGCCCUAUUUUUUUUAGAAAGUUAUUGUUUGAGAUAAUGACUUUUUAUACAAGUGAAUAGAUACUGUUCUGAAUGAGGUGAAAAACUGCCAUUUUUUAAGUGAGUACAUGUUAAAGUAACUACUGAUGUGCUGGAUAUUUUUAUUUGUUAGCUUUGAUUUAGGGGGAGUAGAAAAUAUCAGGUGUCAAACAGCAUUAAAACUUCGUAAUUAGAUAUGAAGGGUUCAUUUAAAAAAAAACGUAAAUUCCAGAAAUUGAUUCCUCGCUUAGCAGAGACCAACUUCCAGCAUCUGCAGCUUGAAUUUAAAUGGUGCGAGUCUUAGUUCUUAACCUCUCAUUCUGGAGGAAUCCCAUAUUCCUUCCAGAUGUGUUUGAACCAAAGACAGUAACUUUAACGUGAGUGAUAGAGCAAGGUACCUAUCGGUCACAGUGCAGGAAUAUUUUGCUGUUUUGGGUUUUUGACUGGAGAGAAGUAUAUUGCAGAACCUUGUUUCUACCCAGCUGUAACACAGUCUGUUGUGGAAGAGGAGAAAAAAGAUCUUGUGUAAUGUAGAAAGUCUCACUCUAGUGCAGAGGCUGUAGUGAAGAAUUGAUUUUGUGAUUCCAGGGAUAUUUCUGGAAAAAAUGAGCAAGGUGAAGAAAAAAGCUUAGGUGCCUUGAAGAGCCACUGCUCUUCACAUAAAAACACAUACCGAAUUUAGGAAACGAGCUCUGAUACACCUUUACAAUGAGUUGUUUCAUUAGUUUCAUGUGGAAUUGCAGAAAGAAAGGGUACAAGAUUUUAUACCUUGUCUCUUUUUUGACUGUAACUUUUUUCUUGAGAAAUACUAAAUUCUCGUACUCCUCUCCUUUGUUUUCAAAGGAGAUGCUAGCUAAACUCCUCCUCUUUAGAGGCAUAGUUAAGUUCCAGGAAAGUACAUGCUGUUACAGACACUGGUGCAGGUUUUUAGUUAGAUUCUAGUGGCUUUUAUUCCUUGAAAUAAGUUAGUUUUUAAUAUGACAAGUCUGACUGUAGAGUAAGUCUUCUCACAUUAAGCCCAAACUGUGAAACAUUCAUUGAAGUUCAAUUCGCAGGAAUUGGGCAGGAAAACGGCUCAGCGGUUUAAGAGCUUGACUGUAGUACUAUUGAUAAAUAAAAGGAAAAAAAGUAACUCUUGACUAUGUACAAUGCUUUUGCAUCCAGACUUUCUAGAAGAUUUUGAUCCAUUAGAGGUUUUUGGUAACCUUGGAUCUAAGAUCAUGGUGGUACCAGAUUUUUGAGAUAAAUAGUGCUACACAAUAGCAUAAGGUGUGUAUGCACAUCUUCAUUUCAGCUGGAUUGUUUCUGUUCGUUCAAUGUGUAAAUCAGUAUGGAAGGUUCUCUUUAGUGAACUGCAUGGAUGUUGACUUAAUUCCUUAUUACAGGAAUAAGAUUAUUCCUCGUUACCACUUCUUUCAGCUGUGGAGAGUGAGCAUCAGUUGACCUUGGCUGACUUGUCUCAAAUGUAGUUUUGAGUAUCAGAUUUUAAAUCUUUGUAGAACAUUAAGUAAUAACUGUUAGUUAUUGUAACAUGCAUUAAAAAAUUGUAGUAGCCCUGAACUUAGUUCUAGAUUUUGGGGUUAUACUGGAAUUAAAGUUAUGGGAAACUGGCUCAGAGUUGUUAAAAGAGAAAUUUUUAAAGUAACUUGGAAGAUCAUAUGAUGUCAAUGUAUCUCAUAAUUCCCCAUCUACUUAAAUGAACAAAAUGUUA